UGUUACAAAAACAACACAAGUGUCAAUGUUAUUAUUUUCUUUUGUUGUUUUUCUAUUUUUCCACAAUGGUUCUCUGAUAUAUUCCCUUAACUUCUUGCUUAUAGGAUGAACAACCACAACAGCCAUGUUCAAAGUAACGGCUUUAGUCACAGUCAUCAUCACAAGUCGAGAUCAGAGGUGUCUCAGAACUCCAUUACCGAUGACGAUGCCCAAGUGAACAGAAAGUUGCCAAAGGAACUACUCCUUAGAAUUUUCUCGUUCUUGGAUGUUGUGUCCCUAUGCAGAUGUGCGCAGGUUUCCAAGUAUUGGAACUUGCUGGCUCUGGAUGGGAGCAACUGGCAGAGAGUGGAUCUGUUCAAAUUUCAAGUGGAUGUCAAGACUUCAGUAGUUGAGAACAUAUCAAAGCGAUGUGGCGGGUUCCUGAAGAGGUUAAGCCUCAUGGGUUGUCAGAACAUAACAGACGACGCCCUACAGAAAAUUGCAGAACAAUGUCGGAACAUUGAAGAGUUAAAUCUACACAACUGUAAGAAGCUCACAGAUUCAACAUGUGCAAGCCUGGGUCGGCACAGUAAGAAGUUACAACACCUUGACCUCAGCUCCUGCCCUUGUAUGUCAGACAAGUCCCUCAAAGAUGUCAGUGAUGGUUGCCAUCAGAUGCGACAUAUGAAUAUAUCAUGGUGCAAGGAAGUGACCAAUGAUGGGCUUGAAGCACUUGCUAGGGGUUGUCUCAAACUGGAGGACUUCAUCUGUAAAGGAUGCACACAGAUCACAGAUAUUGGUAUAGGACAUAUAGCAAGACACUGUCACAACAUUCGCCGAAUAAACAUACAGGACUGUCAGAAUAUAACAGAUGACGGUCUUCGGUUGAUAGGGGACCACUGCCAUGACCUGAUAUUCCUGUGUGUGGCAAAUUGUCCCCGCCUAACAGAUAACACACUUGUCUCCAUUGCUAAUGGCUGCCCUGCCUUAAGAACACUGGAAGUCGCCUGUUGCUCCCACUUAACAGACAACGGUUUCCAAGCCUUAGCAAGAAAUUGCCACAACCUGGAGCGUAUGGACCUGGAGGAGUGUCUACAGAUCACAGACUCCACCCUCAACUAUCUGGCCAGCUACUGUCACCUACUCACAGCUCUCAGUCUGUCACACUGUGAGUUGAUAACAGAUGAGGGUAUCCGUCACCUGGGCUCCAGCCCGUGUGCGACGGAGCAGCUGCGGGUCUUGGAGCUCGACAACUGCCCGCUGAUCACUGAUGCCUCCCUCGAGCACCUGAUGGGAUGUCAGUGUCUCGAGAGGAUCGAGCUCUACGACUGUCAGCUCAUCACACGACAGGGCAUCCGACGACUUAAGAACCGGUUACCAAACAUUCGAGUGCAUGCAUACUUUGCUCCCGUAACUCCGCCAGCGAGUGUGGGCGGGGGGCGACAACGCUACUGUAAAUGCUGCGUUAUCCUCUGACGCGUGACCCUCUCAUCUCUAUGAUCUGUGAUUUAUUUUCUAUAAGCACCAGUAUGUACAUAGUGGGACAUCGUAACAAUUGGGCGUAUGACAAAUUGUGGUAUAAACACUCUUAAAUACAUUUAAAACUUUUGUUGAUAAAGAUCACUGUAUGAACUUUGGUUCAAAAUUGGUAACCAACUAACACAAUACUCAAUGCUUUUAUAAGCUGUGCUGUCAUGAGUGUCUUUAGUUGCUUCUUCCAAGGUGUCGACAUGCAAAUACUCGACAAACUUAAAAAAACAUUCAAGAUGAAAGUUGGUACACAUGUUGUCAAACACAAUAUGAAUAUUUAAAAGUAAGGCCCAUAACUCUGGCUAUAAUGAUAGGCUAUUCAUGGCCCCUGUCUGACUGGGGAAAAUAAUAGAAGAAAGCUUACAUUUUGUCCUCAGCGGUCUUGUUUAAAUCAAUUUGUAAUAGAAACGUUGGACUGGUUUGGAAAGAAGCAUUUUGUUGAUUACUUUAAAAGAAAAAAGUAAAUAAAUUAUCUACAUUCAAGUUAUAUUUUUUGAAAGGAGUUAAAUGUAAAACAGAAUUAUUAGCAUGUUUUAUUUAUAUUAUUACACUUUUGUCAUAUGCUCAUUGCUAAGAGGUCCAAAGUAAAAAUGAUUGCAUUGUUAUAUAUAGAUGGUACUAGCAUUAAAGGCCCUUUCAAAGUGUAACUUAAGCUGAAAUAGUGUUAUUUAAAUGACUAUUUUUGGUUCAAGACUGUUUGCCUGCAAAAACCGAGUGUCAGCAAGUAAGGGAAAUAACCCAGGUGUAUCUUGUAUAAAAAACUACCAGAAGUUGCAGUUCCUGCCAUACUCAUUUUAAUAUCAUGCUAUUCUUUGUCUUUACUUCAUAAUUGCACAUUUUCAUGGCCUUUUUGAGGAGUUAUAUUUGUAUUACCAUACAUAAAAUGAACCAAUAUGUAGGUUAUUUUAAACUAUUUUUUCUUUGAAAAAGGGACAGUAAAUACUGCGGUUUAUUGUUUACUGCAGUUAUGUUAAUUUCAUCCAAUUUGAACAAGUCUUUCAUGUAACAUGAAUUCAUGUCUAGUGCAAAUUUUUUUAAAUUAUUUAUAAAUUGUUUUUCAAAGCAGGCCAUUCUCCUGUCUGUUCUCUAUCAAAAGAUGUAAUGUCAUGAUAUGAGUCAUCACGAAAUAUUAUUCAUGAUUGUUCUAUUUUGAACAAUUCAAUGCAAGUAACUAUAUAUGUCAUCAAUGGUGUGUAAAUAUUAGUCAACUAUUGAUUAUCUGGUGUGUGCACAUGUGGUUAUGUACAUAUUUAUUUGAAUGUUGCUUUGUUUUUUGUUAGUAAGAGCGACCUCUUAUUUAUAUAUCAUAUUACAUUGUAUCAAUUGAAAGAAAAACUUGUGUACGAUUAAGAAAUAGAAAGUUUGCGAAUCUAAAGUAUUUUCCUCAUAAAUAUGUAAAAAAGUUGGUGAUAACUGAUGUUUUUUGCAAGAAAUUUUUACUUCAAUAAAUAACUAACUGACAUUUUAGUGGAAAUUUAUCACCAAAUUUUGUUCAAGGGUUAUCUUGGAGAAGUGUUAUUGUGUAAAACACAAAAUACAGAAAAAUCAAGAUUUUAACAAUGUUCUUUGUAAAUUAUUAGUUUUCAGUUAAUAUCUUCUAAGAUUAUUUUUUUAAGAAGAUUGUAAAUUUCAUAGAAAAUUGAAGAUUAAUUAUAUACAUAAUGGCCAUCUGAGUGUAUCAAACAGAAUUAUUUUGUCAUUGCAAUAUUCAUGUAUCAAAAUGAUCUGAGAAUAAAAAUCUACCAUGUUUAUGUACUCGCUUUGUUUCGAGGCCGUAUAUAAUUUCAUUGAUUGCGUAUUUUAUCAUUGAUUCAAGGUUACGAUACUUGUUUUGUAUAUUUGCCAUUCGCGUUUUCUUGUGCAAUAAGAUUUAUUUUGUGAUGGAAUUGUUUUGGAGCUAUGAUGUUAGUUUUGUUUGUUAAGAAUCUUACUGAGAUUGCAAAUAAGGAUGAUUGAGGUCAAAACAGAUCUGGAUUGUAUGUAAGAAACAGUAUUAGUUAAGAACAAAUUGUUUUAAUAAGAAACAGCUUCUUUUUUUUUCUUUUGUGCAUAUUCUGUUGAGUUUUGUUGCUGGUAGCUAUUUAUUAGUUUUUUAAUAUAACAUGGUGACAGUAAAUAAAAUGUUUCUUUGGCAUUUCUUGAAAUUGGUACAAAAAUAUCUUUGACCUGAAGGUUUUAUUUUUCCUUUUGAAAACAAUCCUUUUUCGUAACAGAAUUAAGGAGUUAAAAAUCCUACCUACCUACCUGCACCUAAACAUAUUGAUAAGGAAAUGCUAAGCAAACAUUUAAUUAGUUGUGGCCUAUCCAAUCACAGACUUCAUGAGGCUACACAGACAUGUAGAUGAAGCUACACAGACAUGUACGUGAAGCUACACAGAUGUGUACAUGAAGCUACACAGACAUGUACAUGAAGCUACACAGAUGUGUACAUGAAGCUACACAGACAAGUACAUGAAGCUACACAGAUGUGUACAUGAAGGUACACAGACAUGUAGAUGAAGCUACACAGAUGUGUACAUGAAGCUACACAGACAUGUACAUGAAGCUACACAGAUGUGUACAUGAAGCUACACAGACAUGUACAUGAAGCUACACAGAUGUGUACUUGAAGCUACACAGACAUGUACAUGAAGCUACACAGACAUGUACAUGAAGCUACACAGACGUGUACAUGAAGCUACACAGACUUGACAUGAAUUUACACAGACUCAAUAUGAAGUUACACAGACAUAUGAAAAUUGCAGUUGAAUCUUAAUUUUGUUUGCAAACUUAAUUUUAAACUUUUAUUUGCUGAUUUUCACAUUUACUGAUUUCCUCAUGCUACCGUAUAAGUCAUUCUAAACGUGUACAAUAUACUCAUACCUUGAUGAUGCAUUGCACAACAAACAAUAUAUUUUAUAUAAAAAAAUGUACACUAUUACUAUUUCUGUAAGUUCAGUUAUGUUGGAAGUCUGUUAAUUGUAACAAUGCUGAUCAAAAUGUAAAAUUGGCAUUAAAAACAAAACUGCAGUGAUUGAAAUUGAUAAAUCCUUCUAAAGGAUAUGUAAUACAAUGUGUGAUUUGAAAUGAAUCUUAUAGUAGAAAUACUAUGUGUUAUAUGUGAAAAUGAAUCAUUCUGCUUGAUGUUCAAACAUUUCAUUAAAAAUGAAUGAAGUGUAUCAUGAAUGGUUUCCACCUAUGCUUUAUCGUAUUUAUUGCUAUCUCUUGGAUAUUAACUGUCUGUGAAUUUAUGUUUUAUUUUGUAUAAUUAAAAUAUGCUUAAAUGUA